CACGCAUUACAAGCAGUCUAAAGGCUCCUUUGAUUUUUAUUAAAAUUUAUAAAACAUAAAAGGGGGCCGAAGUGGGGUGCAAACUAGCAUCUCCUCAAAACAUUGGUGACCCCGACGUGAUUUUUAUUUCUUGCUUCUCGUCUUGCCGCAAAUCUCACUUUCGUUGUUCAUCGCUCUUUUGCUGCUGCAGCAUAGGCACUAAACUCAAGUGCAGACAUAUGUACAUAUGUAUUUACAUAUUUCGGACACCGGCUCGAGUGCGCGCUUCUCUCUAACGAUCUUAUCGCGUUAUUUAGCAGAUCGGCUAUUAUAACCAAGCUGUUUGGUGCAUAUCAGUGCCAAGCACAACCCUUUGCUUAGAAAAGAAGCCGUCGAGCAGAUACCUACAUACUUACAUACAUACAUAUGAAUGUGAAUGCAAGUGCCGCUACAAUUGAUCUCGAUACAUACACAUACACAAGCCGCUGCACACAUAAAACGGUAAUCGCAUUCUCGCAUUGCUCACUCUGUGACAUUCGCAGUGGUCAAGGGCAAAGCUCUUCUCCAUCAGUGGACUUUGGUGACAGGCCGGAGUACAGUGAGCACUCAACAAAACGUACCAACCGAACAUUACCUCGCCAACAACAGAAUGGAAAAUUCGACAAUUGAAAUGCGCUUCUGUUCAACGCCAACUAUUAGCAAUGAACGAAUUCUUCAGCGCUGGUGAGAUGAUCAGCUUUGACGAGGCCGAUCUGAUGGUGCGUAUAGAAUCUGCGGAGAGCUUGAAGGCCGAGUUUGAUAUCAGCCAGUCAAGGCUAGAAAAAUUAGAUUUGCUCGAGCUUUCAACGGAUGCAAGCUCAGACUUCGAGAAGGUUUACUGGAAGAUCAAAUCCACUCUCGCUCGUCAAAUGGAUGUAGUCACUAAGGGACGUAUGAUUGACGCUAAUUCAACAACUAUCCCACGCUUUGCUGAAAGUACGCACACAUUUGCUCACUUGUUCAACCGUAAGUCUCGCCUACCGGAAUUGCAGCUGCCCAGGUUCAGCGGCUCCUACGAGGAUUGGCCGGAUUUUUACGCCAUGUACAAGACUGUCAUGGGCAGCAAUGAGGACCUGAGUAAGAUUGAGAAAUUACUACAUUUACGUGCGUGCUUGGAUGGUACUGCUCUCAACACAAUCAAAUCGUUAGAGCCUGUCGACGUGAAUUACGACAAGGCGUUGGAGUUACUCAUAAAGCGUUUUGAUAAUAAGUUGCUACAUUUUCAGGGCCACGUGCGGGCUAUAGUCGGGCUGCCAGGUGUUGAAAAGGGAUCAGCAGAGGCGUUGCGUGAGUUGAGUGACAAAAUUAACUCGCAUCUUCGGGCGCUUAGCACCAUGUCAACAACUGAGGAGCUGGCUGACGGAUUACUCAUACACACAAUAUCGCACAAGCUCGAUCACCACACCCAGGAAAAGUGGCAGGAAGCGCUUGCAACGGAUAAGCUACCCAGGUGGACGGAUAUGUCGGCGUUCUUAGAGAAGAGAUGCCGCAUGAUGGAAAACUUGAAAGGCGCUACGGCACCUACGCCUAGCCACCAGGUUACCAGAAAUAAAACCCGAAUGACUUGGAGAUACUCACGCCUGGGCACUUCAUCUGGGGCAAAGCCAAUGCCACUAUCGACGAGCCAGACAUAACUCACCUAAGCAUAGGUCGCCUCAGCCGUUGGCAGCGAAUAUGUCACAUGCAGCAAUCAUUUUGGAAGAAGUGGAGUACAUCGUAUUUGUCGUUGCUCCAAGAGCGCGGGAAAUGGCGAUCGUCCAAGCAAAAUCUUCAGGCCGGCAGCAUCGUGCUGCUCAAGGAGGACAAUGCACCACCACUCAGGUGGCCGCUUGGUCGAGUCGACAGCGUCAUCACGGGUGACGACGGCAUUGUGAGAGUAGCAGUCAUUCGUACACAAAAUGGUCUGGUCAAGAGAGCCAUUGCCAAAAUCGCCGUUCUGCCAAUCGAGACCACAUCGGUUGAAAGCUUGUAUCUUCCAACGGGGGGAGCAUGUUCGCAGCAGAACGCCCUCUGAAUAAUAUUAUAUCUGAAUUACAAUAUAUCUUUACUUCUCAAAUCACGAUAUUGAAGUCACAUACUAUUAUUUUUAAACCACCAUAAAAUACCAUUGUAAAUUGCUCACCACUAAUCUAUCGAUAGUUAUUGUUGAAAGUUCGAGAAGUAAAUCACGCAUUACAAGCAGUCUAAA